GCAAAGCAAACGAUCCCGGUCUCUCAUUAUAUCCCGCGCCUCCCCAGCGAUUUCAAAACUAGAAUCCUAUAAUCCAAAACCAAAACCCUAAUUUUUCCUCCCAAAUCCCAAUCCUCACCUGAUCCUCUCCGUUCUCCACUCCAAGAUCAUUUCUUUCCAUCUUAUUCUUCAUCUCCCGCCCAUUUCUCUCUACUCGGAACUAGGGUUUGGCCUCCAAGAUUUCUCAUUUCCCCUCUCCCGCCAUAUAUCUUUUGAUCCAUUUCUCCCGGUUUGGAUCUAGGGCUCCGGUUUUGGGAAUUUGAAUGGCUGAUGCCGCUGGUGGUGGAUCGCGGCCCAAGAGGGCUCUGGAGGGUUUUGAGGAGAUGGUGGAUGGGGAGAAGCGGAAGAGAGUGAAGGGUUCAGGGACAGUGUCCGAAGGAACCAGAACUUACAAUUCAGAAUGCUUGAAUGUAGCAGAAUGCAAGUCUGAUGGGCAACGGCACAAAAAUUCUGAGGUGGAAGCUAUUUGCCAAAUCACUGAAGAAAAUGUGCCCACACUUUUGGAUAUACCGAUAAAUGUGCCUGCUGUCAAUAGGUUUCAUGAACAAAAUGCUGCUCCUUCAAGUUUGGGUGCUGAUGGCUGCCAGCAUUUUGCAGAACAGCAAAGCAAUGCUCCUUCUAAACACCAUGAAGAGAUGAAUGGAUCAUACCCUGCUUCCAAAGCUGAUAAAGAUUGCCGUUCCCUAACAAGGACCAUAACUGGCUCAAAAGUGGGGUUUACUGUUAUAGAUGCUUCAAGGGCAAUUGAACACAAUCCAUUUUACCCCUACAAGAAAUUAGGACAGGUGAAAUCAACAGAUACCUCAGAAUGUGGCAGCACUACUGGUCCUGUGGAGGAGAGUGAACCAUUAAGAAUGUGGAAAGAAAUGAAGCAGAAUGGCUUUCUCUCAUCUUCACAUGGAGGCAUACCCAUGCCCAAACAGCGUGGUAGGCAUCAUAGAAAAGAUGAAAGAGCUUAA